UAGACUGCAGUGAAACAAACUCAAGAACAAGUUGUGGUUUCUUUUUUAGCCGAGGUAAGCCUUAUAUUUUGAAACGGCCGUCAAAUAUUUGCGAAUGAAGAUACCUGUAUACAAAUGCCUUUGUUUCUGAACUUACGCGGAAGAUUGAAGCGAAAUCACGUGACCCAGGCGUCAAGAAAUCAGCUGGGGACUCGGAGUUUCACUCAGGAAAUCCAGGUUUGGUGAUUCAUUCUGUAAAGAUCUCCAUCAUGUCUGGAUCAGGCGGAGUUGACGCAAAUGUGCUGGCGCAGACUAUAAGUUCAAAUAUCCAGAGAAUAACAUUGCUAACUAAUGAAAUCCAGCAGAUGAUGAGACUUUUUGGAACAGCACAAGACACAACUGACCUGCGACAGACAUUACAGGAGAAACAGCAGAGGGUCAAUCAACUUGCUAAAGUGACAGACAAAUGCAUGAAAGAUUUCAGUGCUUUACCUGUGACCACAGAACAGCGGCAAAGAAAAAUCCAGCGAGAACGUCUUAUUACUGAAUUCUCCAACGCACUAACCGUUUUUCAGAAAGCUCAGCGAGAGGUAGCAAAGAAAGAGAAGGAGUAUGUGGCGCGUGUCCGAGCGAGCUCAAGAGUUUCAGUUGGUGAUACAGAUGAUGGGUUCGGAGGGUUUUCAUCACCCUUUCAAAGUGAGGUUCAUGCUCAAACUCAGAGCUAUGAUGAAGCCAUCACAGAGGAAGAUCUGGAGCUCAUUCAGGAGAGAGAAUCAGCAAUCAGACAGCUGGAGUCGGACAUCACAGGCAUUAAUGAAAUCUUCAGAGAUCUGGGCCUGAUGGUGCAUGAACAGGGAGACAUGAUUGACAGUAUAGAGGCCAAUGUAUCAAACGCAGAGAUCAAUGUGCAGUCGGCCACACAACAACUGAACAGAGCAGCAAGUUACCAGACGUCAUUCCGCAAGAAGAUUUUCAUCCUGAUCGCUGUUCUGAUUGUGGUAGCUGUCAUUAUUGGUUUGAUUAUCUGGGGUUCUGUCAAAAAUUGAGCUGACCAUUUGAUGUCCCACAGCAUUUGCACUGGCAUGUUUAUAAUGAGUCAUUGGAGGUUUGUCACUAAGUGAAGUUGUCUUGAGUUGCUUUCUAAAUACAGUUAAGAUAUUGCCACUAACAGAAUAUAUAACAUAAGUUAAGCUCUAUGGACAGCAUGUUUGGUGUGUGGUUCAUUACCACAGAAACUUAUUUUAACUCCAUUUGUUAAAAAAUGCAUUGGGUUAAAUAUCCCCCAGAAACUGUACAUAGAGCUUAACUUGUGUUUAAAAUUGUUUUAACGUUGUUACUGUUAAUAGAUAAUCAUUCCAGCUUCAUGCAUCUUUCACCCAUCUGGUGUGUUAUAGAAGCUGCCAUUCCUGAUAGUAAAAUAUGCUAAAUAUGAGAUUUCAGUGGUUGAAAAUGGCACAAAUGAAUGUUUUUAUCUCUUGACAGUCAGUAUGAAGCUGCUGCUAUAAAGGUGGAUAAGUGCACUUCACUUUUAAACUGCUCAAACACUGUAUUUGAAUAAUAAAAAAAAAAAAUAAACGAGAAUACACUACCAGUCAAAACAUUAUUCUAGUCAAAAUAAAUCUAAUUUAGUCUAAAUAAAUAAUGAGUGAGUAUGACUAAAAAUGUGACUGGUAGUGUAUUUUCAUAAAGUUCAUUAAGUUCAUUCUAUCUAUAGAUCUACACACACACACACACACACACACACAGAUAGAUAGAUAGAUAGAUAGAUAGAUAGAUAGAUAGAUAGAUAGAUAGAUAGAUAGGAGUUCUUUAUAUAUAUAUAUAUAUAUAUAUAUAUAUAUAUAUAUAAUUUUUUUUUUUUUUGUGAGAUAAUGUGUGAAUCUAAAACACAAAUCAAUAACAGUGGAAAUUUUAUGGACUUUAAAGAUGUCUGUGCAGUUUAUUAUAUGACCCUACAAAGUCAGGAAAAUGUAAAGCACUGCUGUGCUGAUUGAUGCACAUUGUGUUCCCCGAUUGCUUUUAAUCUUUUUAGUCAUGAGCCAUGUAUCCAGUCUCACUGUGCCAAAAUCAUCUUAGUAAAAUUAUCCUGAAACAGAUGCUACAGUUUCAACAAACCAGCAAAGUCACUAAAUGUUUGUCUAUGUGUAUGAUAUUGCUGUAUAUAAAUGUUUUAUGACCUGAAAUGAGUACAGUUAAUCAUUAAAGGGAACUAAAUCAGGUUUACCCGGUUGACAGGAAAUAACCACUAGAUGGAGACAAUGUCAAAUGUGGAGUUGCAUUUCAAGCUCAGCUCAAAUGGCAGUCAGUUCACCUUUGACCUGCUCAGACACAGGGCUGAAAAUGAACACGUGAAAAAUGUUUGCUAAAGGGCUGCCUAAUUAAUUUGCGUAGGCAAUAAUUUAUCUUCUUUUUGUCAUUUGUUGUUGUUUUUUCCCCAAUGAUUUAGUGCAGUUUUAAAUUAAAAUUAUGUAAAUAAUGUUGAAUCACCAUUUUCCCAAAAACUGAAAUGCUGCUGUGGAGAUAAAUGAAGACAAAUACAGUUGUAUGUGUGGUUUAUCCAAAAAUGUUUGUUUGUUAUUUUGAACUUGGAAGUGAGAGAAACUUAAUUUGAUGUCCAUUCUGAAUCUGAGUAAAGAUUAAUAUUCAAAAAAGACAAUAUACAGGUGCUGGUCAUAUAAUUAGAAUAUCAUCAAUUUAUUGAUUUAUUUCACUAAUUCCAUUCCAAAAGUGAAACUUGUAUAUUAUAUUCAUUCAUUACAUACAGACUGAUAUAUUUCAAAUGUUUAUUUCUUUUGAUUUUGAUGAUUAGAGCUUACAGCUCAUGAAAGUCAAAAAUCAGUAUCUCAAAAUAUUAGAAUAUUUACAUUUGAGUUUCAAUAAAUGACCAUCCCUACAGUAUAAAUUCUGGGUAUCUCUUGUUCUUUGAAACCAUAAUAACGGAGAAGACUGCUGACUUGGCAAUGAUCCAGAAGAUGAACAUUGACGCCCUCCACAAAGAGGGUAAGUCACAGAAGGUCAUUACUGAAAGGUGUGGCUGUUUACAGAGUGCUGUAUCAAAGCAUAUUAAAUGCAAAGUUGACUGGAAGGAAGAAUUUGGGUAGGAAAAGGUGCACAAGCAACAGGGAUGACUGCAAGCUUGAGAAUACAGUCAAGCAAAGCUGAUUCAAACACUUGUGAGAGCUUCACAAGGAGAGAACUGAAGCUGGAGUCAGUGCAUCAAGAGUCACCACGCUCAGACGUCUUCAGGAAAAGGGCUACCAAGCCACUUCUGAAGCAGAGACAAUGUCAGAAGCGUCUUACCUGGGCUGUGGAGAAAAAGAACUGGACUGUUGCUCAGUGGUCCAAAGUCCUCUUUUCAGAUGAAAGUAAAUUUUGCAUUUCAUUUAGAAAUCAAGGUCCUAGAGUCUGAAGGAAGAGUGGAGAGGCACAGAAUCCAAGUUGCUUGAAGUCCAGUGUGAAGUUUCCACAGUCAGCGAUGAUUUGGGCUGCCAUGUCAUCUGCUGGUGUUGGUCCACUGUGUUUUCUGAAGUCCACAGUCAACGCAGCCAUCUACCAGGAAAUUUUAGAGCACUUCAUGCUUCCUUCUGCUGACAAGCUUUAUGGAGAUGCUGAUUUCAUUUUCCAGCAGGACUUGGCACCUGCACACAGUGCCAAAGCAACCAGUAUCUGGUUUAAGGACCAUGGUAUCCCUGUUCUUAAUUGGCCAGCAAACUCGCCUGACCUUAACCCCAUAGAAAAUCUAUGGGGUGUUGUCAAGAGGAAGAUGCGAUAUGCCAGACCCAACAAUGCAGAAGAGCUGAAGGCCACUAUCAGAGCAACCUGGGCUCUCAUAACACCUGAGCAGUGCCACAGACUGAUCGACUCCAUGCCACGCUGCAUUGCUGCAGUAAUUCAGGCAAAAGGAGCCCCAACUAAGUAUUGAGUGCUGUACAUGCUCAUACUUUUCAUGUUCAUACUUUUCAGUUGGCCAAGAUUUCUAAAAAUCCUUUCUUUGUAUUGGUCUUAAGUAAUAUUCAAAUUUUCUGAGAUACUGAAUUUGGGAUUUUCCUUAGUUGUCAGUUAUAAUCAUCAAAAUGGUCUCUCCUCAACCACCACCAGUGUGCAGCAUCCACUUGGAUGAUGCGACGGCAGCCACAGGACAACGGCGCCAGUGCACUCACCACACACCAGCUACAGGUGGAGAGGAGAGAGUGUCGUAGAGCCAAUCAAGUGGAUGGGGAUUAUUGGGAGGCUAUGAUUGACAAGGGCCAGUGGAGGGAAUUUGGCCAGGACACCAGGGUUACACCCCUACUCUUUACAAUGAGUGUCAUGGGAUUUUUAAUGACCACAGAGAGUCAGGACCUCGGUUUAACGUCUCAUCCGAAAGACGGUGCUCUUAUGACAGUAUAGUGUCCCCAUCACUAUACUGGGGCGCUAGGACCCACACAGACCGCAGGGUGAGCACCCCCUGCUGGCCUCACUAACACCUCUUCCAACAGCAACCUAGUU